AUGACCAGCCAGUCUCAGGGGGUCCACCAGCUCCUUCAGGCAGAAAAAAGGGCCAAGGACAAGCUGGAGGAAGCCAAGAAGAGAAAAGGGAAGAGAUUGAAGCAAGCUAAGGAAGAAGCAAUGGCAGAAAUCGAUCAGUACAGAAUGCAGAGAGAUAAAGAGUUUCGACUGAAACAAUCUAAGAUAAUGGGCUCUCAGAGUAGUCUCUCAGAAGAAAUAGAAGAACAAACACGAGGGCAGAUAAAAGAACUGAAUGGAAGCUACAACAAGUACGUGGAAAACGUGAUGAACCAGCUUUUGAGCGUUGUCUGUGACGUGAAACCAGAAAUCCACAUGAACUACAGAAUCGUCGACUAA